CAAAUGGAGAGGAUGAGAAAUUUUUCUUUUGAAUGAUCGGAGAAAGGAAGAGUGAAAGGCACCAAGCACUGUGAAGGGAAGAAAAAAAAAUAUAUAACCAUGUGAGCGUGUUGUGUAGGAAGAAAGAGACAUGGGGAAGAGGCAACUUUAAUAACACACGACAUCAUCAUCAUUAUCAUGCUGUGUCCUUUUUCAGAAACACACACACCUUCACUCUCCAAAUCUUUCAGAAUUCUACACAUUCCAGUUCAUUCCCAUUUUCCACCUCUCUCUCUCUCUCUCCUCUCAUAAUUUGAAUACAUAACUUAGUUUAUGUAUUAUUACUAUUGUAUACUAUUAUACAAUAUUGGUCAACUCUUUUGUUGGUUGCUGCUCCACCUAAAGCUUUUACUACAACGUUCCCUCUCCCUAUAAAUACACUAUUCCUCCCUUAACUUCAUCCCAUCAUUCAUUACAUCUUUCUCACACAAAAACCCUAUUUUCAAACCACAAAAGGCAGAAAACCUUAGUAGCCACUAGCCAAUAUAGCAAUAUUAUGACAAAAACCUUAUAGUUUUAGACAUCAUCUGAUUCUCAACCUCAACAUGUCUGAUUCAUUCGCUAGUACCUUUCCCUCUUCCACUCCAAACUCCACCCACAAUUCUCAUGCAGCCCCCAAAAUCGCCACCUUCUGCUCAAUAGCACAACCUUAUUGUAUUUGCACCCACUGUAACCACAUCCUCACCUUCAACCAACAUGUUGGUCAUGUAGCAGAGGAAGGGACAAAUAACACAGGGUCCCAUGUGCAGUCUCAGCAAAGCACCAGGUGGAGUCCAACACCAGUUCAGUUACUAGUCCUUGAGGAAUUGUAUAGGCAAGGAACAAAAACACCAUCGGCUGAACAAAUUCAACAAAUAGCUUCACAGUUGCGCCAGUUUGGGAAGAUCGAAGGGAAGAACGUGUUCUACUGGUUCCAGAAUCACAAGGCGAGGGAGAGACAGAAGAGGCGUCGCAGGGAGAUGGAGGAAAACGCUGCAGCUUCAUCUAGUGAAGGGUUGAAAGAGACAGGUUGUGGAGUUAAAGAGACAAAGAAGUGGGCAUCCACUUCAAACUGCAGUGGACAUGCAGAGGAAUCUGCUGCACUGGACAUAGCAGAAAAGGGAUCAAAUGGGUGGACUCAAGUUGAUGAGAGAGGCAUGCAAGUUUUGAGGAAAAACUUAUCAGAAAGGCAAGCUAAGUGGCAAGAUAUGGAAAUGCAAAUGCCUUGUGUCCCUCCCCUUGUUACUAUGGCAGCUCCCACAACUACAGUAGCAGCACACAGAACACAUAACACAAAAAUUUUAACCCCUCAAAAUUAUAAUAAUUUACCAUAUGUACUCAACAGAGAAAAUUUAAGCUAUUGUGAUGGAGAAAAUGCAGAUCCUCGGACCCUGGACCUAUUUCCACUUAAGAGGGAUGACCAAGAUGGCAUUUGUAUUGCUGAGAGGAAAUCUAUGUUCUGUGCAAGUGCCUCUAUGGACACUGAAAUCACCUCCAACCAGUUUUUUGAGUUUCUUCCUUUAAGGAAUUAGCUGGUAUGGUAUGUUGUCAUGUGACUUUAGAAUACAUAUAUGCACUAUUGUUAAAUUAAACCAACUAUAUUGGCUGUAACGAAUAAUAUAUAUACAUGUCUAUUUCUUUUUUUCCA